GUAUUCCUACUUCGGUGAGAUCGUUGCUUUCGAGCCCGACGGCCCCACCAAGAUCCCGAGCUGGGGAGAGGCUGCUGCCCUCUUCAGGUUCUCGAAUCCGAUCUCUCUUGCCAGUGUGAUCUGGCGCCCUUACUACUACGCCACCUGUGAGGUCUCUCUUCCUGCGCAUCGUGAGUGGCAGGUGCUUCCACCCACCCCGGGAGAGGUCCCGUCCGAAUUUGAGGCCGUGCCGUGGUCCGGCGAGCGAAUGUGUACUCAGUGUGCGUCUCUUUCUGGCGCUUUCACCUCGAAGCGGGCUUAUGUUUUCAACCACCCGCUGGAGCUGCAUCUGGAGCAUCGGCAGGUGGAAAUGCCUGCGCCGGCUGACCCCGUGCCGCCCAGAUUGGUGAUGCAGGUAUUGCGCCUGGAUGGCUGGGAGCGGCAUUUCCUGGAGGGGUACACCUUCGUGGACUUACCCAGACAGCCAGGAGUCACCGAGAUCCGGGCGAGGCUCUGGGCUCCACUCGGCGGUCGCGCCGAGCAGCUGAGCGCCAAGUUUGGUGGAGCUUUCUUGCCCUUGGCCUCUCCACAUUUGGUGGCCACUUCCGACAGCUACGAGCGAGACCUUCUUCCACGAAAUCGGUCUGCGCUGAAGACGACCAGCUCGACCGGUGCGGUGGUGGUGCGCCUGCAGGUCAUCCGGCGCCGCCGCGCCGCGGGGGCGCCCCUGCGGUUGCCGCGUCGAGGCCGCUCUGAAAGCCCGGGACGCGAGCGCCGGGAAGGUACAGAGGGAAUCAGGCGCCGCGGUCGAUCUGCCGCCCGGCUUCGCCAGGCUGCAGAGCCGAGCCCGCAACGAGGUCCGACCACAUGA